GGACUCGUUCGCAGGUUUCCUGGUCAGUCGUCUAAAUGCUGGAGUCGGAGACACGUCUCUGUGGAUAAUCUCACCGAGCAGUUCUUCUGAAUACAUCGAUAUGAAGGCGAUAAUAGGGCUGCUGCUGUUGGUCUUUGGCCACGGUGUGUCCUCAGUGAUUCACUCUCUGCAUUAUUUCUACACGGCGUCCUCUGGACUCUCAACCUUCCCAGAGUUUGUUGCUGUUGGGAUGCUGGAUGAAGUUCAGAUUGGGUACUAUGACAGCAACAGUAAGAGAAUAGUAAUGAGACAGGACUGGAUGGAGCAGUUCUUGAGAGAACAUCCAGGUGAACUUGAGAGGAACACUGGACGGGCUCUGGGUGCCCAGCACAGCCUCAAAGCUGAAAUUGUGAAUCUGAAGAGAGCUUUUAACCAGACAGGAGGUACCCACUUAUAUCAGAACAUGUAUGGCUGUGAGUGGGAUGAUGAGGAUGGUACUACUGAUGGUUAUGAGCAGUUUGGUUAUGAUGGAGAGGACUACCUAGUGUUGGACCUGAAGACCCUGACCUGGGUCGCUCCAGUACGUCAGGCUUUCACCACCAAACUGAGAUGGGAUGGGGACAGAGCUGAAUUACAAUACUUGAAGUACUACUACACCAAGCAGUGUGUUGAUUGGCUGAAGAAGCUCCUGGCCUAUGGGAAGAGCACUCUGCAGAGAACAGAGCGUCCGCGGGUGUCUCUGCUCCAGAGGAGCCCCUCCUCCCCAGUGGUGUGCCAUGCUACAGGCUUCUACCCUGACAGGGUGGUGGUGUUCUGGAGGAGAGACGGCCAGGAGCUCCAUGAGCAGGUUGACCCCGGGGAGGUCCUCCCCAACCACGACGGGACCUUCCAGGUCAGCGUGGACCUCAACCUCAAGGCCGUCCCACAGGAGGACUGGGGGAGGUACGAGUGUGUGGUCCAGCUGAGAGGGAUCGAGGAGAUCUCCACCCUCCUGGACCCCGACCUCAUCAGGACCAACGGGGAGGAUCAGAGUGGCCUCACCAUCCCCAUCAUCAUUGGGUUCCUUGUUCCCCUCCUCGCUGCUGCUUCUGCUGUUGUUGGAGUCUUUGUGUACCAGAAGAGGAACGGUUCUGACACCAGCUCUGAGAACACUGAGGGGCAGAAUUCGGCUCCUGAGGCCCAACCUCUGACCACAGUUCAAAGUUAAAUCAUGAAGAGGCUUCUCACGUUCAGCUUCCUAAAUCAGGAUGGAGUGGAUCGCAGUUCGUUUAUAAUCCUUAAAAACAGGCUUGGGACUUCAGCUAACUGAUGAUGCUAUAGCCUAUUUGCUUAAUAACAAUUACAUUCAUACUUAACUUUAUCUUGAUAACAACCAUUUAUCCGUAAAAAUUGUAAAUCAAUUAAUUAGAUCACUGUAUUUGUGAUAGAUUUGAUUAACUCACUGGCUUAAACCUGUAAUCUUUCACUGAUGCUUGGAAACCAUGGCAACACGACCUCGCAACAUAAGCUAGCACAAUCGAGCUAGGCUGCUCUAGCAUGAAUAGUUUUUUUUGUAUUUUUACAAAAAAAUCGGAAUUGGAUUAAAUAUUAAUGUUUUUUUUAAUCAUCCAAAUGUAAAAAUCGCUGUACUCUUGUUUGGGGUUAUUUGGACAAUAUAAUCCUCCAAAAAAUCUGAAAAUAUUCUCAAUAUACUGUUUAUAGGUUUGGUCCUAUCAUUUAGUGAAGUUAUUGGGCUUUGUGUGACCAGAGUUCAUAUCUUUGAUGAUCUUCCUCCACUAGCGUCCUGAUAUCAGAUGUCUUAUGCUGAAAGACAAAACACACACGCACACGCACGCACACACGCACGCACACACACAUAAAACACACACACACACACACACACAUUCAACCACACAUUCAUAAACGCACAUAUCAACACAUUUAGCUGAACGGUAUAUAUCUAAACAUAUAUAUGGAUGAAGAUUAGAUAUAGCUAAAAAAUAUGCUGAACAUUAUAUAUAAUUGAACGUUAUAUCUUUCUGAACGUUAUGUAUAAGUGAACAUUAUGUAUAGCUCAAAAUUGUUGAUAAUGAUGUAAUGCUGAAUAUAUAUUAAAGCCAGCUGAACAUAAUAUUGUAAGAACAAUUCAUUAAGGGUUACAUGAAACUUGGUUGCUGUAGCAGUGUGUGAGCAUCAGUGCGUCUGAUGUUGGAGUCAGAGUCACGUCUCUGUGGAUAAUCUCAUCGAGCUGUUCUUCUGAAUACAUCGAUAUGAAGGCGCUAAGAGGGCUGCUGCUGUUGGUCUUUGGUCACGGUGUGUCCUCAGAUAUGACUGAUGACAGUUUUUCCUGUUCAAAACUAUUAUUCCAUAGUUGACUAUUAAUCAAUAGUUGACUAUUAUUCAAUAGUUUUAUUUAAACGUUUCAAAAGGUUUGUUUCUGGUCCCUGAAUAGGACACUUUUAGUUGAUUUCCUUGUAAAACUGAAAACCAUUCGCUUAUCAUCCCAAAUACGACCAAUUAAUCCACAACAUGAUUAAUCAUUGACUUUGAAUAUUCAUUUGAUGAUGUUGUUCAUGAAUCAAAUAAAUAUAAUCUAUUAUCGCUACUAAACAUUAAA